GCGAUUUAUGCGCUUGCGGCUCAGUACCGAGCUGGGUUCUUCUAGUAUCAGCAGCACAAACACCUUCCAUCGCAUCGUGUCGCCGAGUCGGGAAAAGGAAGCGUGAUUCAUUGGAUUUAUCAGUUUGCUGCCAGUUGGUGCCUUCAGGUGAUGGGUUCUCCUACGUCCAAUCUGGACUCGGUAGUGAAAUUGUGUAACUAAGAUAAGGCGCACUUCAAAUCGAGCCGGGAUGUGAUUGACGCGAAAACUGUUUCAAACGCCUCACAUGUGAUUCAAAUAUGCACCGCAUUCAGCGACUUCUAGUAGGCGAUGUGCAAUCUCGUUAACAUCAAUGUGAUACGGUCAAGUGUCUCCUUAUCGGAGAAAUAGCAUAUCAAAGAGUGCCUUGUUUUUGUAAACCGACGAUUCGUGCCUCGCAAAGCCAACCAUGAUUAGGAAAAUGAAACGCCACCGCCUGCUGCUCUAUCUAUCGUUCGUCGCGUUUUGUUUGCUAAUUGCUGGCAGCUUUUUGAUUCACACCCAGUGUCUUAAGCCUUCGGUUAGCUACUACAAAAUCUUGGAAGAUCAUAUUCGCGAUCGCCGGGUGGAAGACCGUUCUAAAUACAUUCUAUUAUACACAAAUUUCUUCGACGUGAAAAACUGGAAACUGUCGGCGGAAACCGUUGGGCCGGACUACUUUCGAUCGCUUCAGUGUCCCGUAACGGAUUGUGUUCUGACCAACAACCGAGAACUUCUGUCCACCAUAACUGACUAUGACGCGCUAGUGUUCCACAUUGCCGAGCCCUGGGCCUACUCAUUGUUCGAAAAGGUCCCAAAGCUGCGAUCGCCGCAUCAAAUCUACGUUGCCGCAAACAUGGAAUCUCCUGCCCAUACAAAACAUCUGCUAGGAGGCGAUCGGGACUUUUUCAACUGGACCAUGACCUACCGGCUGGACUCGGAUGUGGUUUGGAACUACAACAACUUCGUUGAUGCAGAAACCGAAGUCGUGGUGGGUCCAAGCGAGCGACCUCAGUGGCGAAACGACCACGAGGAGUAUUACAACGAAACGGUCCUCGAAUUGGUGUUGGAAAAAACUAAAAUGGGAGUUCAGUUCGUAUCGCACUGUGGAACCAUUUCCAAACGGGACGACUUGGUCCGGGAGAUUCAGAAGCUGACGGACGUGGACAUAUACGGCAAAUGCGGAAACAUGGAAUGCCCACGAGGAUCGCCCCGUUGCACGCAGAUGCUAACAAUCGACUAUCGGUUUUACUUUGCGUUCGAAAACUCACUCUGCCGCGAUUACAUCACCGAAAAGGUGUACGGCGUAAUGGACGCAAGCUGGAUCGUCCCGGUCGUUUUCGGUGGAGCGGACUAUACCCGCUUCCUUCCUCCACAUUCGUAUAUCGAUGCGCAACAGUUUAACACUGUGGGCAAGUUGGUAGAGUACUUGAGUUUCUUGGCACAGAACCCGAAGGAAUAUGUGAAGUACUUUUGGUGGAAGGAACACUACCGAAUCACGGGGAGUCAACCAUUUUGCGACUUGUGCCGCAAGUUGCACGACAUUGGCACUCGGGAGAGGAUGCAGUACUACAAGGACAUCAAAGCGUGGUGGUUCGACGGAGCCUGUCAUGUGGAUGCUAAAAUAAAGUUCUAAGAAGCUGAACUAUUUAUAUGAAUAAUAAAAUACUUUUAAUAUCAGCUUA